GAAGAUUGAAUAAACAUUCAUAUUAUAUUAUUAUAUUAUAAUUAUGUUAAGGUUACUGUUAUUACUAGCUUAAUAAGUCGAAUCUGAACCUUGCAUGGUAUCAAAUCUUCGGUGAUAAUAAAUAUUCCAUCUUCUUUUCUACAUUGUAUAUUAUGACACAUCCACCACCACCUCCUACCCCAUUCCUAAUCUCUCCACGUUAGCUACUUUCUUCAAUACAGCAGCACAACCAAAAUCACUACGUGCCCACCUCCUCUUUUCCUUUCCCAUCUUCACUUUCUGCCUUUUUGCAAACGUACAUUGCAGUUUGCAGUUGCAGGGCACCUUCUUGUGUUAGCUACUACUAGUUUUUUCUUACUUUUCAGAAAAAAAGGAUUGUUCUUCUUUUUUUCUCUCUUUUUUUCUGGCCAGAAUGUCAGACCGGGGUACCUUCUCCGGUGACUCGGCCGUGGAUGCUAAGAGCAAAAAGGAACAUAAAGUUUCUCUGCUGAAACUCUUCUCUUUUGCUGACUUCUAUGACUGUGUCUUAAUGGCCUUUGGAUCUGUUGGGGCAUGUAUACAUGGUGCUUCUGUUCCCGUUUUCUUUAUCUUCUUUGGCAAGUUGAUCAAUGUCAUAGGCUUGGCCUAUCUUUUCCCCAAGGAAGCCUCUCACAGAGUUGCCAAGUACUCUAUGGAUUUUGUGUAUCUAAGUGUAGCAAUAUUGUUUUCAUCUUGGAUAGAGGUCGCUUGUUGGAUGCAUACUGGGGAACGUCAAGCUGCAAAGAUGAGAAUGGCUUAUUUGAAGUCAAUGUUGAAUCAAGAUAUAAGUCUAUUUGACACCGAGGCAUCAACAGGAGAGGUUAUUUCUGCCAUCACCAGUGACAUUAUCAUCGUUCAAGAUGCACUAUCCGAGAAGGUGGGGAACUUCAUGCACUACAUAAGCCGAUUUUUAGCAGGGUUUAUUAUUGGGUUUGUUAGAGUGUGGCAGAUAAGUCUUGUGACUCUUUCAAUUGUACCUUUGAUUGCCCUUGCUGGAGGUCUUUAUGCAUACGUCACAAUUGGUCUUAUUGCAAAAGUUCGAAAAGCCUAUGUGCGAGCUGGGGAAAUCGCUGAAGAGGUGAUAGGUAAUGUUAGAACGGUUCAAGCAUUUGCUGGAGAAGAAAGAGCAGUAAAGUCGUAUAAAGCUGCUCUCAUGAAAACUUAUGUAAACGGUAGAAAAGCAGGUUUGGCAAAGGGCCUGGGCCUGGGCUCAAUGCAUUGUGUCCUUUUUCUAUCGUGGGCUUUGCUUGUUUGGUUUACUAGUAUUGUUGUUCACAAGAAUAUUGCAAAUGGAGGCGAAUCUUUCACUACCAUGCUCAAUGUUGUGAUCUCUGGCCUAUCACUUGGGCAGGCAGCACCAGAUAUCACUGCAUUCAUUCGAGCAAAGGCAGCAGCUUAUCCAAUCUUUGAGAUGAUAGAGAGGGACACAGUGACCAAAAGUAGCUCAAAAACUGGUCGCAAGUUGGGCAAAUUGGAGGGUGACAUCCAGUUUGAGAAUGUCUGUUUCAGUUACCCAUCUCGUCCAGAUGUAGUAAUAUUCAACAACCUUUGUCUUGACAUUCCUUCAGGGAAAAUUGUAGCCCUUGUGGGAGGAAGUGGUUCGGGAAAGAGCACUGUCAUAUCAUUGAUCGAACGCUUUUACGAACCACUUUCUGGACAGAUACUGUUAGACAGAAAUGAUAUCAGGGAACUUGAUCUCAAAUGGCUUAGGCAGCAAAUUGGGCUGGUAAAUCAAGAACCUGCCCUUUUUGCUACAAGCAUCAAGGAGAAUAUACUUUAUGGAAAAGAUGAUGCCACUCUCGAAGAACUAAAGCGUGCUGUGAAGCUUUCAGAUGCUCAGUCUUUCAUUAGCAAUCUUCCUGAUAGACUAGAAACUCAGGUUGGUGAGAGAGGGAUACAACUGUCAGGAGGGCAAAAACAAAGGAUUGCAAUAUCUCGUGCAAUCGUGAAAAAUCCAUCAAUUCUUUUGUUGGAUGAAGCAACGAGUGCUCUGGAUGCUGAGUCUGAGAAGAGUGUGCAGGAGGCUCUUGAUCGUGUGAUGGUUGGGAGAACAACUGUUGUAGUGGCACACAGACUUUCAACCAUCAGGAAUGCAGAUUUGAUUGCUGUUGUACAGGGAGGGAAGAUUGUGGAAACCGGUAACCAUGAAGAGCUCAUGUCUAACCCAAGUAGUGUAUAUGCAUCUCUUGUUCAACUCCAAGAGGCAACUUCUCUGCAACGCCUCCCUUCGGUUGGUCCUAGCAUGGGACGCCAACCAAGCAUAACCUACUCGAGAGAGUUAUCCCGUACAACCACCAGCCUUGGUGGUAGUUUUCGAUCAGAUAAAGAAUCUAUUGGCCGGGUUUGUGCUGAAGAAACAGAAAAUUCAGGCAAGAAAAAGCACGUUUCAGCAGCAAGACUGUAUUCUAUGGUCGGUCCUGACUGGUUUUAUGGGGUUUUUGGGACCUUAUGCGCAUUUAUUGCUGGAGCACAGAUGCCACUUUUUGCACUCGGAAUUUCUCAUGCACUUGUAUCAUACUAUAUGGACUGGGACACAACAUGUCGCGAAGUUAAAAAAAUAGCUUUUCUCUUCUGUGGAGCAGCAGUUAUAACAAUCACUGUCCAUGCCAUUGAACAUCUGUCUUUUGGAAUCAUGGGAGAGCGACUUACCCUUCGUGUGAGGGAAAUGAUGUUUUCAGCUAUCUUGAAGAACGAAAUUGGAUGGUUUGAUGAUACAAACAACACAAGUUCUAUGCUUUCAUCGCAGUUAGAGACUGAUGCUACAUUGUUAAGAACUAUAGUCGUUGAUCGUUCAACAAUUCUGUUACAGAACAUUGGUUUGGUUGUUGCUUCAUUUAUUAUUGCCUUCAUCUUGAACUGGAGAAUAACACUUAUUGUCGUAGCUACAUAUCCUUUUGUCAUUAGUGGUCAUAUUAGUGAGAAACUUUUUAUGAAAGGAUAUGGUGGCAACUUGAGCAAAGCAUACCUAAAAGCCAACAUGCUUGCUGGGGAGGCUGUGAGCAAUAUACGUACUGUGGCUGCAUUUUGUUCUGAAGAAAAGGUCCUUGACCUUUAUGCUAAUGAGCUUCUUGAUCCCUCUAAACGCUCAUUUAAACGAGGCCAAAUUGCUGGCAUAUUCUAUGGCGUUUCCCAGUUCUUUAUUUUCUCAUCUUAUGGUCUUGCCCUGUGGUAGAUGUUUUAACUUUAUUCUGUCUUAAGUAGGCUACUUGUAGGAUUAAUGUCUUACCAAAUGCUGGUUACAUUUGUGCUUAGAGUGUA